CCUAACCCCCAGCAGACACGUCGUGACCCGCCGGGAUUAUUGCCUGUCAACCCCCUCCUCCCAUCUUAUCCUACCUCCCACCCCCUCCUGUUUGCCACGGAAGCGCGUUUCGAGCGAAAAACAAAGAGCGCGAUUGACUCCUUGUCCGUGCGUCUGCCAAGGGGAAUACAUCCGUAUGCUGCCAGAGCAGCCCCGAAAGCUCUAGUCUCGUCCAUUAUGUCGACACAUGUGUCAGCAACUCCGUCAGCAACCAACGGCGAAUCCCACGCGCGGGGUCCUCAGGGCAACACACCUUCCGAAACGAUGACUACACCAGCAGCGACCGUGAAUCGCAAGAAGCAGAAACGCCGACAGAAGCAAGCCGCCCGCUUAGCUGCGGAGCAUUCCAACGCUUACGCUCCCGGAGAUGCGGCGGACUUGCUCACAACCGAUGACCACCAUUCAUGCGAUGACGACCACGAUUUCGAUCACGCAGUUCACCACAGCACAGCUCCAAGCGCCGACUACGGAUAUGGAGCAUCAUAUCUACCCCGCGGAUCUAUGACAAACGACCCCGAUGACGAACAUCCUGCCGGCGAAAGAUCGAAGAGGAAGAAAAAUCGAAAGGGUCGAUCUGACUCGCACAACCACGCUGAUGGUAGCUCAACACCGCUCUCUACCCCGUCCGCCACAUUUUCUCACCCUCCACCGCCUCCGCAAGCUUUACCCUACAUCAGUCGGUUCACGGGCAAACCUAUUAAGAACAGCAGCAUCUGGAAUCAGUCCUCUCUGGAAGAACGCGAGAAUAUUCGGACUUUCUGGUUUGAAUUAGGCGAAGACGAGCGGCGACAACUUGUUAAAGUGGAGAAAGAUGCUGUUCUGAAAAAAAUGAAGGAGCAGCAAAAGCACUCCUGCAGCUGUACAGUAUGUGGGAGGAAACGCACCGCCAUUGAAGAAGAGCUUGAAGUUCUUUACGACGCAUAUUACGAAGAGCUCGAACAGUAUGCGAACAACAAUCAAGGCGCCUUCGAUGAAGGAGCUCCAAUAAUUCCUCCGCCUCGACUCUAUAAUUCACCUCUACGAUCACCCGGGCAGCAUACUCGAACACACGGCCAAUUCCAUCCAUCAAGAAGUCGAGUUCAAGAGUUGCACGAAGAUGAAGAGGAGGAUCUAGAAGAGGAAUAUGACGAGGAAGACGACGAAGAAGACGAGGAAGAUGAUGAAGAGGAAGAAGACGACGAGGAACUUUACAGCGACGAGGAUCUCGAGGAUGAUGAGGCUCGUGCAGCGCGAGCCGACUUCUUCGCCUUUGGUAAUAGUUUAACCGUCAAAGAUGGAAUUCUCACGGUUGCGGACGAUCUCCUUAAAAACGACGGCAAGCAUUUCAUUGAUAUGAUGGAGCAAUUGGCUGAACGGCGAAUGCAACGAGAAGAAGAUACCCAGUACGGAAUAGCUGCCGCCCAUCAAUCCUUUCAUGGACAUAAUCAUGGUCCUUUGGACGAUGAAGAUUAUGACGAUGAGGAAGAAGAUGAGGAUUAUGACAGUCAAGACGAGGAAGAGUUCGACGAAGACGAGAUGGACACCAUGACCGAAGCACAGCGCAUGCAGGAAGGGCGUCGAAUGUUCCAGAUAUUUGCGGCUCGCAUGUUUGAGCAAAGGGUUAUGACAGCAUAUCGAGAAAAGGUUGCCGAACAACGCCAGAAGCAGCUGAUUGACGAACUUAUGCAGGAGGAGACAUUGAACGAGCAACGGAAUGCCAAAAAGGCCCGGGAAGCGCAGAAGAAGAAGGAUAAAAAGAGAUUACAGAGGCAAGCUAAGGAAGAGGAAAAAGCGCGCCGGGAUGCCGAGAAAGCCGCCGAGGAAGCCGCCGCUAAGGCUGCCCAGGAGAAGAAAACCGAGGAACAAAGACUGAAACGAGAGGAACAGCGCAAGAAGCGUGAGGCCGAACGGAAGGCCCAGGAGGAGGAGCGUGCCCGCAAGGAAGCCGAGAAGCAACGACGUCUCAAGGAGGAAAGAGAGCGGCAAGCCGAAACUGAGCGCAAGCAGCGGGAACAGAGGGAAGAGAAAAAGAAGCGAGAUGAGCUCAAGCGCAAGGAGAAGGAAGAGCGCGAAUUACAGGAGAAGAAAGCCAAGGAGGAUCGUGAGCGCAAGAUACGCGAGGACCAGGCACAAAAGGACCAAGCUGAGCAGGAACUACGAGAGCGAGGCGGAAAGCGCGAGCUGAAGACCUCGCCACACUCUUUCGGUACUCAUCUUUUCAAUUUCCCACCUCAUGUUCCUCCUGGCUUCCUGUCCUCUCCUCACCAUUCUAUGUCCUCGCCCAUUGUUCCCAAGGUUUCGACUCCUGGAAGGCCACGCCAGACCUCUAACCAUGGCUCUUCUACAUCCUCCCCUCACUCCAACCCUAACAGUGCGGAUUCGUCCCAUCAUCCCUCCAUUUCUCCCCGCUCAAUGGCCCACCCGCAGUCCGGGGUGAACUUCGGUGGUAACAGACAAGGUUAUCCCCAGCCCCCUCCAUUGCAUCACCCUCAGCCAUCCGCUCCUCUUUCACCCCUCGGCCGAGGCAAUCCCCCAGGCUUCCCAAGUCUCGGAGGCUUGUCAUCCAACCCUCCGGGCAUACCAGGAAUGACCCCGCGGUCAAGCCUCCCUCCAGAUUCGAUGUAUUCACCAAAUGGUGCAAUGAUGAACCCAUUACGAAGCUUUCCUGGUCCUGGCGGAAUCACUGCUCCCCCUGGUAUGAACAAUGUUCGUCCCAUGCCCCCAAGCCGAGUGUUCCCGUCUGAUUCCGGCCACGGCCUCGGCUUCACGGGUCAUGGCGUUCCGGGUGGAUUCCCUCUGCAGCAAGGCGGCUUGCCGAAGACCCAUUCCAGACAACAUUCUACCUCGUUUGAUCGCUCUCCGUUGGACAAUGGUUCCCAGCCAUUCCCAAUCACGCGUCCUAGCCCCAUCAAGCGCCCGUCCAGCUCAGCUCACGAUCGACAGAACAAUGGCAAUGCCUCGGUACAGCGAGAGGUGGAUGGCUUGAGUGCUCAUCUCGGCAGCAGUGCGCUCCUCGAUGAUACAGAUGCCACAUAUCCAUCAAACCUUUCUCAGUCAUUACCUGGUGCCCCCGCGCCUGGUCCAUUCCCUGGGCCGACAAGAGCCAGCUUCCAAGGGUCCUCCUUGUUCUCGGAUCCCCUGGGAUCACCGCAAAAUAACUUCCCGGUUGGCUCUGGUUUGGGAAAUAAUACCUGGGGUCCGCACUAUGGAGGUUCCCCCUUUGCAGGUGGUUCUGCCACAUGGGGGGCUCCCACAGCUGGGACCGGAUGGCCUCACAACAAUGCGUUUACGGCUGGCGCACAUCACCGCCCCCACACCUCUCGAGCUGUCACCGUCCGUCUCCUAGUUAUUCAAGCAUGCAAGCACCUCAACAGCAUGAUGAGCCCACAAAAGGGUGCCGGGCCUUUCCACGAUAUGAAACUUGUUCUCGCUCAAGUGGAAAACCUGCGUCCUCUGGGUGAGACACCAAUCUUGCUCGACGAGAUGCUUGAUAUCUGCGAUACAGAGGGAAGCUCUCAGAACGGCGGCGGCUCUUUCUCGAUCAAAGAAGACCAGAAAGGCAGAUAUGUCAGGUUCGAGCCCGAUCCCAACAGUGCGAUUUCUGGACACAGGGGUAGCAUAGUUCCCGGUGACAUUGGCAGCCCCAUCCCCAGCAACAGCCACCCGGCCCCAUUUGGUGGAUUCGGCGGAGCACCUUCAGUACUGCGUCAAUAUUCCUCGCCCUCGGCUGGAGUUUUCGGCGGGGCUUCCCUAUCCUAA